UACCAAAACUUUCCAAACCACCCCUCAUCUACACAAAACUUCCAACACCAACCCCUUUACUUCACUCAUCACCAUCAUCGAAAAAAUAAAAAAGGGUCAAAAGCCCCAAUCUCUCUCUGUAUCUAAUAUAUCUCUGUAUACAUUCGUCUUCCCAACAUUUUCAUCAAAUUACACAUAUUUAACUCCACAAUUUCACAUCUACAAUCCCUUAUUCACUCCACAAUUAAAUAUACUAUCGAUAUUCACUAGUAAGAGAACGGAGAACCACCGUCUCGAUCGGAAGCAUCGGAGUUUGUAUCUCUGCCUCCCACAUACAUACUUGUUUUUCUUCCGUCUCCGACGGCGUUACGUUUCUUGUGUGUUCUUCGAUGUUAGGGUUAGUAGACAGUUGCCGUUAAUGUGUAGCCGAAGGCAUCAACGAAUUGUUCUGGUAACUUAUUCACUCAAGAGCAUAAAACCUUAGAUCGGUCUUUAACAGAGCUGACGUAAGCGGAGGAGAGAGAAGAGUCGCGAUGAGCGGCUGAGGCUCUGAUCGCCUGAGCAGCAAGUGAUGACGACGGAGUAGGGGCGGUGGCGCCGUCGUUAGAACGAUGAAUCUCUUGGUUGAAGGUUGAAGACCUAGAAAUUGACUGUUUCCGACGGUACGCCAUCUGGAUUUGACAGAUAGAUCAAUAUAUAGAGGAUGUGUGACAAGAAUUAAAAAGCAAGAUGAGUAUAUGACUGCCGGAAAGAUAUUCUGAUGAUCGGAGAUCCAGGAGGGGUACAGAUGAACACAGAUAGUUUAGUGAGGGUUAUAAAUGGGGAAUUAAAAGAGUUGAGAGGGAAUGACCAUUUUACCCUCAUGUGUAUUAUGCACAUGACAUUUUUUAACUGAGAUUUCUAACAAAAUUUGUCCUAAAGGACAAAACGUGCAAGUUUUUGAAAAGUAAAGGACACCGACUGUCAACUUUUGGCCAAAAGGACAACGUGUGAAAUUUGAUGUAACCAUAAAGGAAAAAACUUGUAAUUUACUAAAAAAAAAAAAAUACAAAACGUAAGCAUUGUUUAUGAUGAAGCAAAUAGGAAAAGAGGCGGUCAUAGUUAUUUGCAUAAGUUUCGGGACAUUGUCAUGAAACCGUUAACACUCCUCCAUAGCUCAUCCAUCUCUAACACCACACGAUCGCAUUCAAUUUCUUGCCUCACAUUUUCCUCAAUCAUUCAAUCUCUCAUUUCAAUUUUACGCACGAAAGCUGCAUUAGCGUAAGCUUCAUUCCAUGCAUUUUACACCUUUUGUUCAUCAUAAUCAUCUCCAGAAUCUGAUUCUUUCUUCCACAUUUCUCUUUUUUUCUGGUCCAACAUUGCAAGGUUAACGUGUUACACGUAUAAAUGUAUAAUAAUAUACUGCGUGUUGAUUUUGAGAUCUGAUCGGUUGAAUAAAUAAGGUAGAUUUGUAGGAGAUUUUAAUUUAACAAGAAAAAAAAAUGGGGAUGGAAAACUAUUUGAAUCAAAAUUUUCACGCGGUCAAGUCGAAACAUUCUUCCGAUGAGGCGUUACAGAAAUGGAGGAGUUUGUGUCAUGUUGUUAAGAACCCAAAGAGACGAUUUCGCUUCACUGCUAAUCUGUCCAAGCGUAAUGAGGCUGCCGCUAUGCGACGUACUAAUCAGGAGAAGCUGAGGAUUGCAGUUUUGGUGUCAAAGGCUGCAUUUCAAUUCAUACAAGGCAAGUUCCUCAUUCUGUCAUAAUAUUCUUAUUUUUUUUCCAUUGUAAACAUUGUGUACACAGGAGCACACAAUGGCGAUUACGAGGUGCCUGAUGAUGUAAAAGAAGCUGGUUUCGACAUCUGUGCUGACGAAGCAGCCUCUCUUGUCGAAGCCCAUGACCUUAAAAAGCUAAAAUUCCACGGUGGUGUCGAAAGCCUUGCACAAAAGCUUAACACAUCAACCACCAACGGUAUUUCUGUUGAUAACGAAGGCCUAGCCCGCAGACAAAAAGUGUAUGGAAUCAACAAGUUCGCCGAAAGCCCACAACGAAGCUUUUGGGUGUUUGUAUGGGAAGCACUUCAUGACAUGACGCUUAUGAUCCUUGCGAUGUGUGCUUUUGUUUCUUUAGUUGUUGGCAUUGCAACAGAAGGGUGGCCGAAAGGCGCUCACGAUGGUCUUGGGAUCGUUGCAAGUAUCUUGCUGGUGGUUUUCGUAACUGCAACGAGUGAUUAUCGCCAAUCGUUACAGUUCCGCGAUCUGGACAAAGAGAAGAAGAAAAUAUCUAUACAAGUUACAAGAAGCGGGUACAGGCAAAAGUUGUCGAUAUACGAGCUACUUCCUGGUGACAUUGUGCAUCUUUCGAUAGGAGAUCAAGUCCCUGCGGAUGGUCUUUUCAUUUCCGGUUUUGCGGUCUCUAUAGACGAAUCUAGCUUGACUGGUGAAAGCGAACCGGUUAUGGUGAGUGCGGAGAACCCUUGGUUGAUGUCUGGAACCAAGGUCCAAGACGGUUCGUGCAAAAUGUUGGUUACGACGGUCGGGAUGAGAACGCAAUGGGGAAAACUCAUGGCGACUUUAAGCGAAGGAGGAGACGAUGAAACACCGCUUCAGGUUAAACUAAACGGCGUCGCAACCGUCAUUGGAAAGAUCGGUCUUUUCUUUGCCGUAGUCACUUUCGCGGUUCUAGUGCAACAGUUGCUUGCGCGUAAGUUCUCGUUAGGAACCCAGUGGAGCUGGUCUGGUGACGAAGCGCUGGAAUUGUUGGAAUAUUUCGCUAUUGCCGUCACUAUCGUUGUUGUUGCGGUUCCAGAAGGGCUGCCUCUGGCCGUCACAUUAAGUCUUGCAUUCGCCAUGAAGAAAAUGAUGAACGAUAAGGCGCUUGUGCGCCACCUUGCCGCGUGUGAGACCAUGGGGUCAGCCACAACUAUAUGCAGCGAUAAAACCGGCACACUAACAACCAACAAAAUGACCGUUGUCAAAUCGUGCAUAUGUUUAAACGCGAUGGAUGUAAGCAAACAAGGGAAACCCGCCAUACCGGAUAAAGCGUUAAAGAUUCUUCUACAAUCGAUAUUCACCAACACGGGGGGAGAAGUCGUGAUCAACAAAGAUGGGAAGCUUGAGAUACUUGGAACGCCUACCGAAGCGGCUAUACUUGAAUUCGGUUUGUCGCUUGACGGUGAUUUCCAAUCUGAGCGUCAGUCGUCCACGGUUCUACGAGUUGAGCCGUUUAACUCAUCGAAAAAACGAAUGGGGGUGGUCCUGAAGCUUCCGGACGGUGGUGUAAGAGCGCAUUGUAAAGGUGCUUCGGAAAUAGUAUUAGCUGCUUGUAGUAAAGUGAUCAAUGCAGAUGGAGAAGUUGUCGAUCUUAAAGACGGGUCGCUUAACCAUUUAAAAAGUACGAUUGACCAGUUUGCGGGUGAAGCGCUUAGAACUCUUUGUCUGGCGUAUAUAGACCUGGACAAGAGUGUGUCGGCUGAAACUCCGAUCCCGUCUUCUGGGUAUACUUGUAUAGGAAUUGUGGGUAUAAAAGAUCCGGUCCGUCCAGGUGUCAAGGAGUCGGUUGCGCUUUGUAGAUCGGCUGGUAUAACCGUUCGUAUGGUUACGGGGGAUAAUAUAAACACGGCAAAAGCCAUAGCUAAAGAAUGUGGAAUCCUUAGAGACGACGGUAUAGCAAUCGAAGGUCCGGAUUUCCGUGAGAAGAGUCUAGAGGAGUUAGAUGAACUUGUUCCCAAGAUUCAGGUGAUGGCUCGAUCUUCACCUUUAGAUAAACAUACACUGGUGAAAUACUUGCGAACGACGUUUGGGGAGGUUGUGGCUGUCACAGGUGACGGGACGAACGACGCGCCAGCACUUCAUGAAGCGGACAUCGGGCUUGCAAUGGGCAUUGCAGGAACCGAGGUAGCUAAAGAGAGUGCAGAUGUUAUAAUCCUUGAUGAUAAUUUCUCAACAAUUGUGACUGUCGCAAAGUGGGGUCGGUCCGUCUACGUUAACAUUCAAAAAUUUGUACAGUUUCAGCUGACUGUCAACAUCGUUGCGUUAAUGGUGAACUUCACAUCAGCUUGUUUAACAGGGAGCACUCCCCUUACGGCAGUUCAACUGUUGUGGGUGAACAUGAUCAUGGAUACACUGGGAGCACUGGCACUUGCGACCGAGCCUCCAAACGAUGCACUAAUGAAAAGGACUCCAGUUGGCCGACAUGGGAAUUUCAUCAACAAAGUUAUGUGGAGGAACAUCUUCGGGCAGUCGUUAUACCAGUUCAUAAUAAUAUGGCUACUUCAGACCAAAGGGAAAUCAUUUUACGGCCUGUCUGGACACGAUUCAGAUCUCAUCCUCAACACACUUAUAUUCAACUCAUUCGUCUUCUGUCAGCUUUUCAACGAGGUUAACUCUAGAGAAAUGGAGAAACUAAACGUGUUGAACGGGAUAUUGGAGAACAAUGUGUUUGUGGGUGUUUUGGGUGCAACUGUGGUUUUCCAGGUGAUAAUAAUCGAGUUUUUGGGUACCUUUGCAAGUACGUCGCCGUUAACAUUGACGCAAUGGUACUAUAGCAUUUUGACCGGGUUUAUGAGCAUGCCGAUUGCGGUGAUCUUGAAGAUGAUCCCAGUUUGAGAUUGCAUCAAGCAGCUAGAUGAGUUCCCAUCUCUUCAUUAAGUCUAGAAGGUUUUUUUUUUUUUUUUUUUUUUUAUUGAUUGCAAAAUUCCAAAAUUAUGAAAAUUUUCUUGACUCUUAAAUCUACCUAAGUUUGUUCAUAAUUCAUGUAGGAUUGAUGAAAU